CCAUUUAAAAUGAAAGAUGAAAUUGCUGCCACAGUUUUCUUCAUCACAAGGCUAGUGAAAAGGGAAGGCAAGCUGAGCAAGCAGAAAGUGGAGAAAUUUGCAGCUAAGCUGACAACAAUAUUGUUUGAAAAGUACAAGAAUCACUGGUACUUGGACAAUCCUUCCAGAGGACAAGUUUUCAGGUGCAUAAGGAUAAACAAACAUCAGACAAGAGAUCCACUGCUGGAGCAAGCUUGUGUGGAGAGUAAUGUGGACUUUGAUAAGCUUGGUCUGCCAAAAGAGAUGACACUGUGGGAUGAUCCAUUUGAGGUGUGUUGCAGAUACGGUGAGAAGAACUGGCCCUUCACAGUUGCACACUUUGAAGGAGAGGAGAACCCAGAGCUUCCUCAGCAGAUCAGCUAUGCUGUUGACAGAGCAUCUCUAGACUACCAUUCUGGUAUCUCUUCAGAUGAGGAGAGCUCCAGCAAGGAGCCAAAAGCUAUCCCUACUGUCAGCAAUCCUAACAGUGUCUAACAGUUCAGUGACUACUGCAAGGCACCCAUACAACCCUGGUCUCAGUAUCUUCAUAGGAAGACCUAUCUGACUGAUGGCUCAUACUAUGCCCAGCACAGGGCUUACAAAGUCUACAGGCCAACAGCUGCUUUCACAGGACUGUGUGUUGAUAGGCACCACUGGGUCAACACCAAGCAGUAG